UGUAAACGCGACUCCCAUGCAUAACCGCGUCUCUCCGUACGUCCUCCCAGUCCCAGGGUUCUUGUGCGGACAAAUGCCUCUAUAUAUAUAUAGCUGUGCUCGCCGCAAGAGGAGACUCAGAAAGCAGAGAGAGCGGGCAACAUCGCAGAUAGAGAGAGAGAGAGAGAGAGAGAGAGAGAGAGAGAGAGGCAAACUGGAGAGGCCGAGGGUGAUGGUUUCCAAGGAGCAGAAUAAGCGAGGAGCUUUGCAUGAGAAGCUCAAGAUUCUCCGCAGCGUUACUCACUCUCAUGCGGGGGAUAAAGUGUCGAUAAUAGCGGACGCGUCAUCGUACAUCAAGGAACUAAAGCAGAAGAUCGCGAAGCUAAGCCAAGAGAUGGCAUCGUCGUCUCCGCAGCACGCCACUACUGGUGUCUGCCAACAACAACCGUCGUCGUCGUCGGUGAGUGUGGGAGUCCUGCUGGACAAGAAGGGCCGUUUCCUCGUCAGUGUGUUCAUGGACGAGAGCUGCGGCCCGCCGCCGGCCGGGCUACUCGCUUCCGUCCUCGAGGCCUUCGACGACAUCGGACUCACGGUGCUCGAGGCUAGGGCUACCUGCGCUGGUUCCUUUCGGCUAGAAGCUGUAGGAGAGGAAGUAGUAGUAGAUGGGGGCCUCAUCAUCGACGCGCACGCGGUGGAGCAAGCAGUAGUUCAGGCAAUCAAGAAUUGCCCUGCAAAUUAAACUAAUCGACCUAGUCCUCCAAUUCGAUCGAUCGAGUUGACGAUGCGCUGGUGGUGGACCACAAAGUUCAUGCCAAGCUAGAGACUCCGAGCUAUAUAUACAUACUGAUUCGCAUCGUACUUUUUGAAGAGAGCAAAGCAAUUUUUUCUCUUUUGCCUGCCGCAACGAGUCAGUCUUGCGAGUUCUGCUAUUUAGUAAGGGGGGCACCUGUGGCCAUCGUUUGGCAAAUGCCAAUAUAUAUACCUCAAUUAUCCAGCUUGCGUAUCCAAAUUCUAGAGUAAAAGAAUUACUCGCACGGCAUCACGGAGAUGGCGUAGCUAGCUCCCAUCGAUCACCCUUCUUCUCUCUACCCCUGAUGAAUGUUGUGGUCUUCCUCGAAACAUAUCCUGGCUGUAUGAUUUCUGAAGGUUUUCGUUUCAUCGUCUGUCCACUGAA